AUGACUACGCUCAACAACUGUGAACUCACCGAUACCUCUCGGAAACGCAAGCAAGAAUUUAAUGACCCAAAAUAUCUUACACCAUGGUCUGAUUAUAUGGACUCUAACAGCUUACAACAACCUAGCAUUGACCUCUUCGGCAUGCCUGGUAUUCUCCAAGACAGUGCCAUGACAGAUAUCACUCAAGCUAAUGAUCACUCUCGAAGACACUCAGUAGCUGUAGGUGAACUCAAUUAUCACUCUUUUCCUGUCAAGCAGGAACCUGCAACGACAACUACACCAGAGCAGUGGGACCCUGAUCUCAGUCAACUGUUUGGCUCUUCUCUACCUUCCUCUUGGUCGUCUUCAUCAAGCCAAGGCACUCAUCGUGAACGACCAAAUUCAGUCCAUCGUCGCACACUCACCCUUAUCCCAGACGUCGCUCGGAUUACCCCUGGGCCUAGCACGCCUGUAUUCUUUCCCCCGAAUUUCCUUGAUGCCCUCAACUCAGAAGAAGAAGAACACGACACUUUCCAGGACACCUUUCAAGAUACCUUUCCACUCAACCUUAACAUAGAUCCUCUUGGUCUAUAUGAUCCUAUUUCCAGCUACAUACCACAAACAUUUGUACCUACAGAUGUAGAUGAAAUGACGCACUGGGUACUUAAUGCUUCAAUAAAGCAAGAAGCCCUCACCCCACCACCAAUGCAAUCUUCACCAUCAACAUCACCGUCGCCUCCUAUUCCCUCACUUCAGUCUAUGAGUUAUGCUCAGCAAUCAGAUUCCCUGAAGUCUAGUAUUCAACAUUAUUUGCUACAAAACAGCCCCGAAAAUUGCUACACUGCAAUGCUUUUAACAAGCAAGGUAGCUCAGAAAAGUUAUGGUACUGAAAAGAGAUUUCUAUGUCCACCACCAUCAACUAUCUUGCAAGGUCCAAACUGGUGGACACACAACUGCAAAGCACCUGCAGAUAGUCGUGUUCCAAGUCCUCCUCGGCUGACAGUGCAUGUGUCUGGUGAGGCGGCAUCACAGACAGGCAUACUUGACUGGUACUCUUCUGGAACUAUGCUAGACGCAGAAGGUGCGGGAGCUGCCAUCGCCGCCGAUGACCCAUCGAUGUUGGGUAAAUGUGUCUCGAAACAUCUACACAUCAGCGAUGUUGACGAAAAACGCAAGAGAGUCGAGGUCCAGGUAAAUAUACAACUGUCAAGUGGCUUCAAUCUCGGCAAUUUUUGCAGUCAGAGUAUCAAAGUCAUAUCCAAGCCAUCCAAGAAGCGCCAAAGCGCUCGUAAUAUGGAAUUGUGUAUCCAUCAUGGAACUCCCAUUUCAUUGUUCAACCGUAUCCGUUCUCAAACUGUGUCAACCAAAUAUCUUGGUGUGUCAGCAGGAGAAAAAGAUGUCACUGGCGCAUGCUUUGUAGCCCGGACAGGUUCUUGGGAUCCAUUUAUCAUCUGGAUUGCAGAUACAACCCGUACUCAAGAAACAAACAACCGUCCUCCCCCAGACACACCGGGUAUGCCUCCUCCGCCUGCCAUUGCUCUUCAACUUCAGACAAAUCAACCAACAGCUAUUUUAUACAAUCAAGCAAUUGUAUUACAAUGCGCAACAACUGGUCUUGUUAGCCCAGUAAUGAUAAUCCGUAAAGCAGACCGCGGGAGUCUUGUUCAAGGUGGAAACCGAGUAGCGCGACCAUUAGGAUCAGGAGGCGAAUGCGGCGAUGAAGCGCUUGGAGAUCCAGUGUCCCAGCUCCAUAAGAUAGCCUUUCAAAUCGUCCAUGAUCCUCUUCGCCAAACGGCGCCUAUCGAAAAUUGUCCUGAAUGGUCACUACCCCAAAGUACAGAUCCUAUUACUUACUUGGCCUGUCUGAGUGAAGUGGUCGGGAUGCAUCGCACUACUGCCCCUCGUACUCUUCUUCCUGUAACCGAUCCAGCGUGGCCAUAUGAAUAUGAUCUUUUAUCGUCAGCAGUGUCUCAAGAAAACGGACGUGUGGUCCGAAAGAGACGCGUAUCAUGCGAUGUGACCAAGCCUGUUACUUUGCCCGCCAAAUUCCAAUCUGCAAUGUCGGCAAAGAACCGUCGCCGUGUCAACUCUCUCAAUGAUGCCCUACCUGACACAACUCAGCGCCGAGCUUCUCAAUCAUCUGUGACAGGGAGCAGAAGACCAUCAACCGACUCUCUUCAGGGCAUUAAUGGUGGAUGUUGGACAGAAGAUGUAUCGGACGCAGCAAUUUGGACUAUUGUUGGCACUGAUUGUGCAACUUACACCUUCUGGACACCUUCUCCUCUUGCAAACUCUUCUGACUUACGGCCCGUUACUCCUUUCCCCAGACUUACUCACAAGAUUUGUCGAUCUCUUGAUACCUCUGACAAUCUGGUUCUCUCAGGCGAGGGCCUCUCUGCCAAGCUUUCUGUCUGGCUGGCUGAUAUCCAGCUCAAAACCGAAUAUCACAAAGACACUCUUUCUUGUAUUGUACCCCCAGCCGAAGAACUUGUUAAUAAUCCUUUUGUUGAAUAUUCUGAACACUCAUCCAGACGAUCUCUUCCUUUACUAUUGGUUAGAGACGAUGGUGUUGUCUACAAAACUGAAAGUGUAUAUGAUUUUUGA